UUGUCUUUAGAUUUUGUAAGCAAUUUGUGCGUGUUAUUUGCGUUAUUUGCAGUUUGCAUUACAAUACUUUUUAGUAUCAUCACAUUACAUUCUACAUCAUCUUUGCUUUCUUUAGCACUAAGUACCAGUGAUCGACACCCGAAGUUGUCACUACACAUACAAAUUAUAUUUUUUGUAUAAUAAAAGAUAAUAAAAUGGUCGAUAACUUAAUAAUAGAGAAUGAUUUAAAUGAAUUAAAAUUAUCUGAAGGCAUUAAUGUGUGGAGUACAAAUCAAGAGGUAUUAGAGAAACAGGCAUUAAAAGAAUUAGAGACAUUUACAGAGGAUAAAAAAAAACAUCUAGAAUCUUUAGAAGAUGGUGAAAUAGUGGAAAUUGAAAAUAAUAAUAAAGAAACAAAAGAAACAAAUUUAGACAUUGUAACAUAUAUUAAAAGACAACAGGAAUUAAAAAAAAGACAAGAAUACAGAAAGUCUUUGGGUACAAGUGAAUACAGCAAAGACCUUGGUGAGAAAAUAUCAAAGAAAAGUAAGAAAAAUGUUCAUUCCAAGCAAAUUAAAAAAAGAAAAUAUAAUCCUCAUAAAUUGGACAGUAUUCACAUGCAUUUAUAUGAUAAACAACAAAGUGAUCUGACAGAACAAAAUAUUUCUAGUGUCAAUAGAGAUAUCGAAGAAGAUUCAAAUGGAAAUUCUGGGAGUGAAUAUGUUCCCUCUGGUAGUGAACUUGAUAGUGACUAUGAAGGGUAUAAACAGGAGGAUGAAGUUCAAGUGAAAUCAACAAAAAGAAAAAGAAAAGGAAAAACGGAACAUAUAGAUAAAGUAAUAGAUGAUGGUUUGCCUCAUUGUUACCAGUCAAGAUUAGAUUUAUAUUAUAAGCAGCUAGAAGAAGAAUUGUCUUUAAAAGCGCUUAACGAUAAUGUAGAAGAAGACUCUGAAUAUCAUUUACUCAAAGGUGGCUUAAAAGUUCCAAUCAAAAUUUGGCAAAAUUUGUAUAGCUACCAGCAUGAUGGUGUUAAAUGGUUGUGGAAAAUUCACCAAAAUACUUCUGGUGGUUUGUUAGGGGAUGAAAUGGGUUUAGGAAAAACGGUUCAAGUAAUAGUAUUUUUUAAUGCCUUAGAGUAUAGCAAAAUUCUAUCUUGUCAUGCAAGAUUUAAAGGACUCGGUCCUUCUUUAAUUGUAUGCCCCGCUACUGUUAUUCAUCAGUGGGUUCAACACUUCCAUAAAUGGGCACCAGAGUUUCGUGUUGCUGUUCUUCACCAAUCUGGAAGUUAUCAAGGAAAUAAAGCAAACCUAAUCAAAGAAAUGAACAAAUACAGUGGUGUAAUUAUUACGACAUAUCUUGGAAUUCUCAAAUACAAAGGCAAUCUAUUAGAACACAACUGGCAUUAUGUAGUAUUGGAUGAAGGACACAAAAUUCGUAAUCCCACUGCUAAAGUAUCCAUUGCUGUAAAACAGAUCAGAACACCUCACAGAAUCUUAUUGACGGGUAGUCCUAUGCAGAAUAACUUAACAGAACUUUGGAGUUUGUUUGAUUUUACGAAUCCAGGUAUGCUAGGCAACUUAGCAACAUUUCAGGAACAUUUUGCUAAUCCCAUUUUACAUGGAGGUUUUACAAAUUCCACACCAAUGCAGGAGGCAACUGCUCUCUCAGUUGCGACAACUUUAAAAAAUGUAAUUGCUCCUUAUUUAUUAAGAAGAUCCAAAAAUGAAGUUCAGCACGAUAUUUCCCUACCCCAUAAAAGCGAACAAGUAUUAUUUUGUUCUUUAACACAUGAACAACGAGAUUUAUAUAAAGGAUAUUUAAUGAGUGAACAUGUAAAUAUGAUUUUGGGAAGAGGUGCUAAAAAUUGGUAUUCUGACAAUCAUAUAAAAGCAAAUGUUUUAGUUGCAAUUACCACAUUGAGAAAAAUUUGUAACCAUCCUGACAUAUAUUUAAGUGAAGUCGAUGACCGUCAUGAUAAAGAUGAUGAAUCUACACCAUUUGAAGACAGGUUUGGUUAUUACAAGAGAUCUGGGAAGAUGGUAGUAGUGUCAGCUUUGUUAAAAAUCUGGAAAAAGCAACAUCAUAGAGUAUUGCUUUUUAGUCAAGGGCGAUCGAUGAUAUCUAUUUUUCAAGAUUUUUUAGAGCAGCAGGGAUAUAAGUAUUUGAAGAUGGAUGGUUCGACUUCUAUAUCAAGUAGGCAGCCACUAAUCGAUAGGUUCAAUCAGGACUCAAGUUAUGAUGUCUUUUUACUAACCACUAGAGUUGGAGGUUUGGGUAUAAAUUUAACAGGAGCAGAUCGAGUUAUUAUUUAUGAUCCUGAUUGGAACCCGGCUACAGAUACACAAGCUAGAGAAAGAGCUUGGAGGAUUGGCCAGGAAAGACAGGUUACAAUAUAUAGACUUCUUUCAGCAGGUACUAUCGAGGAAAAGAUGUAUCAAAGACAAGUAUGGAAGCAGUUGCUGAGCAAUAAGGUUUUACUUGAUCCGACGACCAAUAAAUUUUUUAAAACUUCUGAUUUGCACGAUUUAUUUUCACUACAGGAAUCGACCGAUGCAAAUCCAGAGACAACCAAUAUAUUUCAUGAAUCAAGAGUAAGGAUUCAGGAAAACAUUAAGCAAAAGGAAAAAAAUAAAAAAAGGAAAAAAUCAACUGUUACCACCUCCCAUGACAAUUUGCCAACAGUGGAGUUUACAGAAGAUAAAAUUCAAGCCAUGAAGAAUUUAGCACAGCAAAUAGCAAAAACUCUCUCAAAGAAAGAUGAAAAGUCUUCUGCACCUAUAACUUCUUUUCAGUUUGAAUUAGAACUCGAAAGACAAGAAAAAUUAAAAGAAAAACAGGAACUUAAAAAGUUAACAGCUCAAGAACUACUACUUUAUAAUAAGGAAAAAGCAAAGCGAAGAGAAGAUGAUGCAACUAACAGGGUUGAUGAUUGUGAAACCAACGUUAGUUUUUCAAAUGCCCUUGAAUAUUCUGAAAAAACUGCGAAGUUACAUCAUGUUCUGGUCUCGGGUAAAGUAAAGGAUCCCGAAGUUAUAGUAAAGAAAGUCAAAGAUAUACAAAACAAAAUUGUUAAAAUUCACAACAACACAGACGCAAAGGAAACAGAUUUUAGUGACAACAAUAAUAGUACUGAUACAAUAGCUGAAAAUAGAAGUGCAGUAAGUGAUUCUAGUCAUAAACACUUUAAUCAUGAGAGAAAGAGGAAAAAAUAUAAAAAGAGCAAUCAUAAUAAAAAAUCUGUUGUGGAUACCUCUGGCACUAUAGAAGGAGAGGAAGUUGAGGGUUUAGUGAAAAGUGAAAUAAAAAAAAUUAAAAACAAAAAACAGAAAUCCCAAUCUAAGGAAUCUCAAGAUGACUUCAUUCUAGGAAAAUUAUUUUCUAAAAAAGGUGUUUCUGCUGCAUUGCAACACGAUUCAGUAGUACAAAGUGGAUCUCAAAGAAAUAGUUUAAAAGUACAUACUGAAGCACGAAUGAGGGCUGAAAAGUCACUUGCAGCACUUAGAAAAUCUAGACUUGAUAAUUGGAGAUGGUAAUCCCUUUCUUUGGAGUAAAUAAUUUUUGGUUGCAGUAUUGUUAUUUGUAUAUUUUUCUAAUAAAUAUUGUUUUUCUAUAA